AUGACCGAUCCCCCGGCGCAUGGCAUUCUGGCGUCACUGGCGUGUGUCGCGACGAACGCGUUUCCUAAGCUCGCCACAGAACUCCACACGCUAGUGUCGCGGUCACAGGCAGAUCAGGUGGCAGCUCCAGGCAUAUUGGAGGUGCUAGCAAACCACGGCGGCGAAAGGUUUGGUGAAAAGGACAGCACCAAUGAGUUGCUUGUUUUCCAAAAAUGGCUCGACCAUGUAUACAACAUGUCAAAGGAUAUAUGUGACCGGCCUGUUGCUGCUAGUGGAUUGGAAGUCCCAUCGUUCUGCGGGAUGUUGGAGACUGUCUUGGGUUUGAGAAAGUUGGAUGUGUGGCCGGCGGUCCAACUGACGCUAGGCGAUGGGGAUGUGCGGCGGAUUCCCGUGGAUCUGGGUAGAGCGCUGGCGCGAAAAUGGAGUACCAGUGGUGGUGCCACAGGUGCUCCGCCAUCCAUGUUGUUUGUCCGAAGUGGCAGCAGUGGCGACGCUCAGUCCUUAUAUGCACUCUCCACCACAUCAGUGCUGGAAUUUGACACGGUUUCAGGUACUGAAUCGUGUGGGAAACCAAAGGGCGCGCGUAUGGAAGAUGCCCAAAGAGAGUACGAAUCAACACAAAGCAUUCUUGCAAACAUCGGUAUCUCUGGCAAAAACACCAAAACGUGCGGCGAUGAUUUACUUUCCGCAUUGCAAGUGACCCGACAAUGGCUUGACGCGCCCGUUUCGAGCGCGCUUUUGGAGGGAUCAUCCGCUAAUUCCAGCGCGGUCAAAAAUUUACUCGCAAUGGAUAUUUGGCCGACGCUUAUUGAACGCAUCCGCGGAAUGGAGGUAAAGACGCGACGGAAUCUCGAGAUACUACGGCGCGUGCCGAAAUACGUCCUGCGGGCUUUUAUAGUCCAGGAGGAUGCGCCAUUGGGGACACAGCUGGGAACGGCGGAUGCGGCCCGGUGUAAGUUCACUGUUGUUCGUCGAUUUGGCAAAGCACAAGAUCCCGGGCAUUGCUCUGCUCUCGGCAGUGAUGGUAUUUGCUGGCCGAUAAGAAUAAUGGAUAUUCGCGGCACCGUGGUGGAAAGCAUGUGGGUGUGCUGUGAUGACGAUGACGAGUGCAAGGCGGGUUUGGGUUCUGCGACAAUGUUGGACGGUAAUGGUGAAAAUAACUACGGCGGUAUUAAUACUGUGGUGGCGGAUCCGGACGAUGAUAUAUAUUGCUACAAGUGUAUGGAGCUCACUUCUUGGGGAUACAACCAGAUUGUUAUUUGCGACGGGUGUGAGCGUGGUGUGCACCAGAUGUGCCAUGUGCCGGUUGUCACCGAGGAGGAAGUUACGCGUGACCAAUGGUUCUGCAGCAGCUGCAAAAAGACCCGACACAGCGCAAAUACGCAGUGA